GUGCGUGUAGAGAGGCUAGAAAAUUUGACUAACCUUCUAGCCUCUUUAGUGCGUGUUGUCGGCGCUGUCGCUGACAACUUGCCCGUCCUCUUCUAUACCCAGAGUGAUAUUCAUGAGAAUAGAAAAGUGCUUUUUCUACGUGUACGGUAACCGCCUUGUACGGUAACCGCCUUGAAGUUUCACCGUGUCUUUGCUGUAAUGAAGCUAAAACACCUGAAGAGCAUCCUGGAUGAUGUUGACACUUUUGAUUCUCCGAACGUUCAUUUGGAGCAAUACCCGACGCCACCGGACAUUGCAGCACACGUGAUGCAUCAUGUGUUCAGCCAAGGGGAAAUCGAAGGCAAAUUGGUGGCCGAUCUUGGUUGCGGUGCAGGGAUACUGAGCAUAGGUGCUGCUGUUCUGAACGCGGGACAAAUAGUUGGAUUCGACAUCGAUGCUGCUGCCCUGCAAAUGUGUUUGCAAAACUGCACAGAAAUGGAAAUAGCUACCAUGGACAUGAUACAGUGGGACCUUGCACUGCCGCCAGACAUGCGAUGGAAAGGGGCAUUUGACACUGUAGUUAUGAACCCUCCAUUCGGCACUAGGACAAAGGGUCUUGACAUGGUUUUUCUGAAGGCAGCACUCUUCAUGUCAUCAGGUUCUGUUUACAGUUUGCAUAAGACUUCAACGAGAGAGCAUAUUAAGAAGAAAUCUGAGGAAUGGGGUGUCGACUGCAGAGUGGUGGCGGAGCUUCGCUAUAACAUUGAUCGACUGUACACAUUUCACAAACGUGACUCGGCAGAUGUUGCCGUUGACUUUGUUCAUUUCUCACCACGCAGAGUCCCAGGGAGCUCAUAGAUCAUUGGACAUCCUGUUAUCCCUUACAUGGUUGUUGUUGCACAUCAAAACACCUUUCAGGGCUGAGGCUGUGAAAAACAGUUUAUUUUGAAACGUUUACAAAUAUGGGGUCAUGAUUCUAAGUCGCAUAUAUACAAGAGCAAGCCAUGCAUUAUAAGAACUGGGGGCACAAGUCAUAUCUAUGGCAACAAGCUUUGCUGCUUAUAUAAAACAACUCACAACUCACAAAAAAUAACACAUUUAACAAGAGGGCACUGUAAAAUUGCAUUAUCACUUUUCAGUUUACAAAGCUUAGUAUGUCUAGUGUUUUACUUUCAGAUUGACAUCUCAGAAGGCCUACAAAGAAACUAAGCAUUGUUUCAACGUUCUUGAGCACUGAUAUGUGUUCAGAACAACUUGAGACGAAAUAACAGUCUUUGCACCAACUUUUGCUGGUGACCAGUGAAAAUGGCUUGGCAAAGCUGUCAUGUAGAACUGUCGACAUAUAUUAACUUCAGUAGUGGGAAAGCUCAUCUCACAUUAAUAAAUGAAAAACAAAUAUUUACAUAUCAGACCGUGUUCUCAACACUUCGCUAAUGACUUUAUGAAGAACAAGUUGAGUAAUAGAAGCAGUAAAGAGGUUCAAGAGCUUUUGGAUACGUGACUGCAAUAUUUGUACUUCGUUCUUAUGAUUUCAUGAAGUUUUCUUAACUGAUAAAGUUGCAUGUUCAGUUGAGUGACCUAGCAAUUGCAAAUAUAAGUUAUAAAGAGCACUCUGUCUGCAUGUUAACAGGGCAUUAUGUAUACUAUCACCAUCUUUAUUUGUUCAUUUCAGCAGUUUGUUGUUUUUCAAUGUGCAAAAAAUUGUUAUUGUGAAAUGUCAAUUGAGGUACAGUUUACAGCAUGCCACUGUGUUAUCUAAUGUUUUUUAUGGUUUGUACUUUUCAUACGAUUAUUGCCAAGUGGUGACAGCUGAUUGUGCCUGUAUAGUGCUUAUCAAAUAAAUGCAAGGCUGAAUUGA